CCAUUUUCGCGUGUCUGCUCUGUCUCUUUUCUCCCCUGCAGCCGGACAUAAACCAGCCAUUUCCGACGCCUCCACCCGAGAAAUUGAAAAUUCCCCAAAUCUGCUGUCUUCUUCCUCCCCUGGCGCCGGUUGCUGCUGGGUGUGAGCUUCGGUUUUCUUGUGGUUCCCGUGGAAGCCCCCCAAUUUUCCGCCAGCUCUUCCCCUAUACCCGCCAGCUCCAGCCUUGCUUGCUAAGGAUUUCUGGUAGGUUGGCUUCUCUAAUUUCCGACAAUUGGGUGAUUAAUUGCUGCCUUUGUGAGUUUAAGUGGUUGUAUGGGUGCUGGGUUGUCCGAAAAUCUGCUGGAAAUAGGGGAUGAAUUUCGGUAGCCUUGCAAUGAGUUUUAAGUCAAUUUAUGUAGGGAAUCCUUUAAUUGAGCUGCUGUGAUGAUGUAUGAAAGAAAAAGAGGAAAAUUCCUUGACUUGCUCAUUUUUUUGUCAAAGCUGGUUCUCCCAUUUCCUGUCCAUGAAUUUGGAAAAAUUGUAUGUGUAACUAUGUACAUAUAUAUAUAUGCGCAAUCUACUGUUGUGUGCUCAAAUUUCGAAUAGGAGAAAAAUAAAAAUAAAUAAAGAAAUAAAAUUUCUUUAUAGAUAUUAAUUCAGAAAUAUUGUGAUUAGGUUCUUGAUCUUCCUGUGACCCUAGCACUUGGUUAAGCCUUCUAUCCUGCGCGAUUAAGGUAAGUAAAUUAUGAUAAUGCCCUUAAAUUUUCAAGCAUAUUUUAACUUUUUUUUGAGAUGGUGGCAAGGUUUAAAUGGGUUUAUUUGCAUUUGAGCAUGAUUAAAUGGAAAUUGAACUUUUAUCGUUUUCCUUAUUUUUUAGAAUUGAGCAUGCCCACAUGAGAUUUCUUCGGUUUAUUCUUGAAAUUGAGAACGAUUGUGAAUCGUGAAAUUUUUUUGUAAAUCUUGCUUGGUUUUGUCUCCGAUAUAGUCAUGUUAUUCGUGUGCCCGCUAGUGGAAGGUUUAUAAA